AUGAAGCUCGUAAGCAUUAGUUUUGCUGCGUUUCAAUCAUGCCACUUGCUUCUCGGUAUUGCUCUUGCUCUGUGCUUGUACCAGGUCUCCUCCACCACCAAUGAAACAGACAAACAUGCCCUGCUCGCAUUUAAGGCCGGCAUAACCGCAGAUCCUUUCGGCGUGCUUAACUCAUGGAACCAUAGCAUUGGGUUUUGCCAAUGGUAUGGCAUUACGUGUGGCCGGAGGCACCGGAGGGUCACGGUCUUGGACUUGUCAUCACAAGGACUCUCCGGGCCAAUCUCUCCUCAUAUCGGAAACCUCAGCUUCAUAAGGGAAUUGCGGCUCCAAAACAAUAGUCUCGGUCAUGUAAUCCCUCCGCAAGUCGGCCAGUUGCGCCGCCUGUGUAUUCUACGAUUGCACAACAAUUCAUUGGUUGGGGAAGUUCCCAGAAACAUAUCGGGUUGCUCGGACUUGGUCCUCCUCAGGCUUGGGGUCAACAAACUAACCGGAGAAAUUCCUGGAGAGCUCGGUUCAUUCCCGAAGCUACGGCAAUUUGAUUUGUAUGAUAAUAAUCUAACCGGGAGUGUGCCUUCCACCAUUGGGAACUUAUCUUCACUAGAGGUGCUUCUUUUAGCCCUAAACAACUUGGGCAGGAGCAUUCCCCAAGUUCUAGGCCACCUGACAAACUUGCAACGGAUUGGCCUGGGAUCAAACAGAUUGUCAGGUACAAUUCCAUCUUCGCUACUCAAUCUCUCUUCGCUAACUUUCUUUGAUGUUGGAGACAACCGGAUACAUGGGACUCUUCCUGUAGGCAUAUGCCUCAAACUCCUAGACCUUGAUUUUUUAAGUGUUUUCAUGAACCAAAUUGAGGGGUCGAUUCCUCCAUCGGUAUCAAAUUGCACGAAGCUAGAAGUGCUUCAACUUGAUAUGAACAGAUUUUCCGGGAAAGUACCAUCUUUGGAAAAUUUGUAUAAGCUUCGUAAGCUUCGCAUCUAUAAAAAUCAGCUUGGAAGGGGAAAACAUGAAGACUUGAGCUUCCUAUGCUCGUUGACUAACAGCACCAAGUUAGACGAAGUGGCUAUUCACCGGAACGAGUUUGGUGGGGUAUUACCUAAAUGCAUAGGUAAUUUAUCCACCACGCUCACAAAAUUUUUUGUAAUGGACAAUCAAAUAUAUGGUGAAAUUCCAGAAGAAAUCGGGAAUUUGGUCAACCUGGAAAGAUUGUUUAUGGGUCUCAAUCCACUUUCAGGUGCUAUCCCCUCAAAUUUGGGGAAUCUACAAAAUCUAGCGAUGCUUGGGCUAGGUGAUAACAACCUGGCAGGGACUAUACCAUCAUCUUUGGGAAAUCUAACCAAGUUGAUUAUACUAGACCUUUCUGGGAACAACUUUCACGGGAGAAUUCCGUCGCACCUAUCUAACUGCCGGUCUCUUCAAUGGCUUAGUCUAUCGAAUAGUAAUCUCAGUGGUGCCAUACCCCCACAACUCAUCGGUCUCUCGUCAUUAGCGAUCAUUUUGAACUUGUCUCGUAACCAUCUGACUGGGGUUUUGCCCACAGAAGUUGGCAACUUGAGAACUUUGACUGCGUUGGACAUCUCGAACAAUUUGUUGGUUGGUGAAAUCCCAAGCAGUUUAGGUGACUGCACUUCAUUGACAUCGCUAAAGUUGGGGGGCAACUUCUUCCAUGGGUCAAUUCCGCAAUCAAUCAAAUCGUUAGGAGGCAUUGAAGAACUAGAUCUUUCACGCAAUAAUUUGUCGGGUCAGAUUCCAGAAUUCUUAUCGGUAUUUCGUUCCUUAAAACUUUUGAAUUUAUCGUACAAUAAGUUUGAAGGCAUGCUACCAUGUGAAGGAGUCUUUAAGAAUGCUACCGCUAUUUUUAUUAUUGGGAACAAUAAGCUCUGUGGCGGACUGCCAGAAUUUCACCUCCCCGACUGCAUCUCCAAAAGCUCCAAGCGCAGAAAAAUCAAUAUAGUGAUAUUGUCUGCUUCUCUUGUUUUUGGAGUUCUUGUAGUAGCUGUUAUUCUUGCUUUUAUCUAUCAUUGUCGGUUGAAGAAGAAAGUAAAUGAACCAAUUCCAAGUUCGAUGGAUGGUUCACCUCCGAACGUUUCUUAUGGAACACUCCUAAAAGCAACUGACGGAUUUUCUUCAACGAAUUUGAUUGGUGUUGGAAGCUUUGGUUCUGUUUAUAGGGGGAUUCUCGAGGACGGCGGAACUCUUGUUGCCGUGAAGGUGCUUCAUUUAGUCCGUCACGGUGCUUUGAAGAGCUUCAUAGUCGAGUGCGAAGCAUUAAAAAACAUUAAACAUCGAAAUCUUCUGAAGAUAUUGACAGUUUGCUCGAGUAUUGAUUAUCAAGGAUAUGAAUUUAAGGCCUUAGUCUAUGAAUUCAUGGGCAAUGGAAGCCUAGAACGGUGGCUACACCCAAACACAACAUCAUCUCACAAGAAUGAGCUUUCGAAAAAGUUGAAUUUCAUUCGGAGGAUAAGUAUUGCUAUUGGUGUUGCUUCUGCACUGGAUUAUCUUCAUCGCCAGUGCCACUUCCCCAUUCUUCAUUGUGAUCUAAAGCCAAGCAAUAUCCUCUUAGAUGAUGAGAUGGUAGCACAUGUUGGUGACUUUGGAUUGGCCAAAUUCCUUCUUGGAUCAUCCCUUGAUACUGUAGCUAAUCAGAUGAGCUCAGUGGGUUUUAGAGGGACAAUUGGUUAUGCUCCACCAGAGUAUGCAAUGGGAUGCGAGGUCUCAAGAGAAGGUGAUGUCUACAGUUACGGCAUCGUCUUGCUAGAGAUGUUCACAGGAUUGAGUCCCACCGACAAUAGAUUCAGAGACAAUUUGACUCUUCAUAGUUUUGUCGAGGCGGCUUUGCCUAAACGAGUGUUAGAAGUUACGGAUCGGAUUCUGCUUCUAGAAAGAGAGAGUCGUUUUGACCCCGAUAGUCCUCAACAUUGGCUCUUCGAAAGCAAUGACAUAUUUCAAGAUUGUUUGGUUAUGGUAUAUAAUAUUGGAGUCGCUUGUUCCAAUGAAGUGCCUAGAGGACGGAUGAGCAUCAACGGUGUUGCAAAUCAACUGCAAAAGAUUAGGGAAAAGCUUUUUGCACUGGGUUUACGUGAACAAGAUGAAUUAUCACAGCUUUUGUCCAGGCUUUCUAACUCAGAGGAGUGCUUGGUUUCUUUCUACAGCUUCGCUAGGAAUCACUACGCGUUGCCGAAGUUGUGCGAGACAGUUGGAGAUGAGUGA